GCAAAAGCAUCGAACAUCAAGUUAUGUUGGUAGCGGAAGAAUUAACUUAAUGCAUUUUUGUAGCGAACUUGAGGAAUAUUAAAUAUAUUUCUAAAAAACGCUGAAAACAAAAGAAAUAUGUGUUAAAUCUGGGGUGCACAUAUAAGGAAAAGAUCAGUGAGAAAGUGUUGCGGCUUCCAUUUGAAUGCUAAUAAGAAGUGUGAAAAAAGGUGUGAAUAGUUUGAAAAUCAAUAACAAAACGAAAUUGGGGAAUAAGUGCAUUUUUACUGGAGUAAAUAUGUUUUUAUUUUUUAUUUUGUGAAAAUAAGAAAGUGUAUUGUUGCUUCAAUGCAUUGCAGUGCAAAUUUUUAAACGCCUUUGAAAUUGAUAAAUUGAAUGAAAAAUAUACGCGAAGUUGGCGUUGGACGGGAUCAUUGGUAGAAUUAGCUAAUACGGUGGUUUUGAAUCCGGUACGAGUGUACAUAGGUACGAGUAUUUUUCUGCCACUGUUGCGCGUUACGUAGAAUAAUCAGUCCGUGAGUUUGGUAAUUUCUUCGCGUUUUAACAUCGCUUUUGUUGCUUUCCUCAUUGUUCUUGCGUCCCGGCUGCCGUGAUGUGAAUUAAUUAUUUUUGUUUUUCCUUAUUUGAGUGUGUCUGUACAGACGUCUACUGAUGGUGCUUUAGUGGAUUACAUUGUAAUGAUUCCCUUUUGAAAGUUUUACUUGCUUUCGUGGUUUCUUGUUGUAAGCGUACAAUUACGAACCAACCGCUAUUAAAAAAUGAAGUGAAGUGAAUAAAGCGACAAAUUAAAGAAACAGAAAACGGUUAAUAAGGUCAAAAUCAACAAAAAAUAUCAACGCUUGCUGGCUUAGUGGAUAAACUUGUGAGUUGGUGAUUCAUUGCUGUAAAGUCACACCAAACCACAAUAUACUGUUAUUGUGUUCACAAGCGAAACCGUGUAGUAGCCUGCCAACUAGCCAUUUCAAUUCAAGCGGGUAGUGGACUACUUUAACGUGGUCCGGCGUGUACUGAGCUGUAUUACGCGCGAUAAGAACAACAAACUUCUGCAAAAUUGCAGUAUUCCUGCUGCUACUUUGCUUGCUGUGCACCUUCUCCCUACAACAACUAACUAAACUUCAUUUGGCACACUCUACCGCAGUACAAUAUGGACGUUGGAUCACUAGGAGUUUCCGCCGUUGUCGAGUAUGAUUAUGUGGCCAAGGAACCCGAUGAGCUGGACUUAGUCAAAGGUGCUCUUAUACACAACAUUAAACAGAUGCCGGGUGGCUGGUGGGAAGGCACAUUGCAAUCUACAGGCGAAACAGGCAUGUUUCCGGAUAAUUUUGUGCGAGUUAUUGAUAACAGCGACGAAAAUAAAGUCACAAUGAGGGACAAAGCAGCAACAGCCAAUCGUCGCUGUAAAGUCAUCUUCAGCUACACACAAGUCAAUGACGACGAAUUGUCGCUGGCCGUGGGUGAUGUCAUUGAAUUCCUGGGGGAGGUCGAGGAAGGCUGGUGGCGUGGACGUUUAAAAAACAAAAUCGGUGUAUUUCCAUCGAAUUUCGUUACCGUUAUCGAGCCAUCACCUAUUUUGGCCAGUAAACGACCAGCUGCCGGUCCUGCCGCUACAUCAACACUAAAACCAGCUGCAGCUUCUGCCGCUUCCACCGCAACAGCAACGCCAAAUGUCGGCGCUAGUAGUUCCACAUCAUCGACUAGCACAAACACAGUAACCGCCAGUUCAACAACGAAAAAAAUGAAUCGCAUUAGUUUUCACAGCUCCAAAGAGGAUCUAUUGAAUAUUAGUAGCAUAAGCAGCGGCAACUCCAUCGCGCCAUCGACCAGCACAAACAACACAUCAAUGGAUGAUGUUGCACCAUCGUUGCCACCAAAACCGCAACGGGAGUACUGUCGCGUCGAGUAUCCUUAUACGCCACAAAACGACGAUGAGCUGGAGUUGAAAGUGGGCGAAAUCAUCACGAUCAUCAGCAUGGAAUUGCCGGACAAGGGUUGGUGGAAGGGCGAGUUGCAGGGCAAAGUUGGAGUAUUUCCAGAUAAUUUCGUCAAACUGUUAGACGUCACAUCACUGAGCGACUCACAACCACAUUCCCAACGUACUGCCAAAGCAUCUAAUGCUACUGCCGCCACCGUUGCCGCCAACACAGCCCAUCUGAGAUCAGCCAUUGGCUCAGCGGCCACAUCGGCGGCGCACACCACAGCUGCUACAUCGAAGGUGUUCGUCAAGAAAUCUGGCAGUAAUUCGUCGACGCAAAGCUCUAACCGUAAGGACAGUUUCAGCUCAUAUGAUUCACUCAACGAUAUACUCUCUGAAACAGGCUUACAGAGCGGCAAUGUUGCUGCACAACGCAAAUCGUUGGAGAAUAAAAAUCUAGAUUUGGCAGCGAAUGCGGCGGAUGCAAGCAAUCGUUUGGCAUUGAAGAAGCAACAGUUACAGCAGCAACAACAACAACAACAACAUUUGCAAGAGACGAAGACGGUAUUGACCAAUAACGGUAAUAUUACAACAACGACCACAACAACAACCAGCAUGUCGUCCAGCUCAGCCGCACUUGCCAAUGAGUUGCGCAAGAGCUUGGAGAGUCUGGACGAGAAGACGAAGACGCCACCGCCGGUGCUGACGAAGAAACCCACCGUGACGACGAAGAAACCGUCGAGCGUUUCGGGUGUUGCAAGCAACCUCUUUGGCUUUGGCAAGCAAAAGACGAAAAGCACCGAUAGCAAACUCGCCACAGCAGCAUCACAGGACUUCGCUGAUGGCAUGUGCGCUAGCAAAAGUGGUCAGGGUGAUGGGGUUGUGAUGCGUCGCGCCGCCACAAUAGCGGUGGAGGACUCCGAUUUCGAUCAUCUAGAACGCGCCUCCAUACUGACAGACAUGCGUGCUGGACGUGUUAAAGCGCCGAAACGCCGUCCACCCUCGGCGGCUAUUAACAUAAUUGGUGAAAGCAACAAUAACGAUACGAUUUACCUCAAUGGCAGCAGCAGCGGUGGCGCUGCAUCGAGUAGUGAACUUUCACAAGAUGAAAGUAAACUGCUAUCAUCCGAUGAUAAUUCGACCGGCGAGGAGCAAUUGGCGAAACCGAAGCCACGCGAAUGGGAGAAGAAGAAGGCACCGUGGAUGGAGGAACUGAAAGCAUCACAAGUCAAGAAGAAGACAUCGCCCAGUGUGGAGCCGCGCUUACAAGGCAACACCUCUGUGGUCGAUCGUACAUCACGACUACUGUGCGACGAUGCCAAAUUGACUAGCAGCAAUCACACAACUACAAGCAGCAGCAGUAGUCACAGUAGUAGCAGCAGCUCCACCACUACCACAAAAGUACAGACCUCCUCGGUUUCGUCGAGCAUAAUGCAGCAAUCGAUGACUGUAGAAAAUAGCCAACAAAUAUUGAAGAAAGAACUAAAUUCCAACACUAUUGCUGACAUCAUGACCAAAAGUAUGAGCAAUAAAUUUACAACUGACUCAUCGACGCUUGCGAACACUACACAUGCCACCACUAACACCACUGUCACCGAUGAUGUGCGCACGCGACCAAACAGCCUUUCGAUACGUAAUCGCAGUAUGUCACCUUCGCUAGCGGAAAGUAGCGGCAGUGGCAGUGCGCGCACGGCAGCAAUGAAGAGUAACGCUUCACCAGCACCAGUGGCCAGUAAUGAGCCAAGUUCUAACGGUGCGGCGCCGAGUUCAUCCACACUAGUUGCUGGCCCUGUGGUGUCAGCGGCGACGACGGCGGCGGCGUCUAGCCAAAAUUCAAUAGGUGCUAAUAGCCAUUAUUAUCAACGGACCAGCAGCACUGCAGCGCCAACGGGCGGUGAUAAUACGCGCAUAGGCGAGCUGGAGCGCCGUGUUGGCAAAUUGGAGUUAACUGUGGUGUCACAACAGCGUACCAUCGACGAACUGAUGCGGCUGCUGCGCGAGGAGACAGAUCGUGUGAAGGUGUUGCGUGGCGAACUGGACAAAUAUGCGCAGUGCGUGACGCAAGUUUAAUUGCCUACCUAUAGUUGUUCUGCUUGUUGUUGUUAGCAAAGUUUAGCAGAGUGUUUGGUGUAGUGGUGUGGUUGGUAGUGGAUGUGUGCCCCAGUCUCUUAGAGCCCCAGCUUGCAGUGCGCUUGUAGAGAUAGAGUGAAGGAAGGGAGCCUAGUUUUUUACUUACCUGCAUAUUUUACUGCAUUCCAAUUAAUUAUAUGCUAUAUGUACAUAUAUACAAGUAUAUGUAGGUAUGUAUGUAUGUAUUGUUUUUGAUUUUCCUUCUUUAAUUAUGUGAUUAAUUUAAUUUUCGGGCAUUGUAAAAAAGUCCCACAUGUAGGAUAACGAAAGUUUUUGCGAAAAGUGGACCCGUAGUUAUACCAAGUAUUUGCAUACAUAUGUAUACAAUUAUUUAGAUUUAUUUGCCUUUUUUCAAAAAUGUUAAUAUGUUUCUGCAUGCUUUUCCUGCUGCGCCCACGAUUGGAUCGUAUAGCGGUUAAGCGGCAUUUAUCUUUGUUUCGAAUGAAUUGCUUUAAUCGAUUGCUGAAAUAAUUACAAAUGCGUAGUAAGCAUCCCUAUAAAAGUGUAAAAUACAUAAACGAUAUUAGAAAACGAUAAAUGUAACAUAUCACGCUGUUCAAGACAUUUUCUAAAAAAUAAAACCAUUAGAGUCUAACAAAAAUAAGUCUUGUAUCGCAGUACUUAACAUGAGAAUGCUCCUCUUUAGAAUAAAGUAAAAAAAAGUAAAAAAAAAAAAUGAAACAACAGCAAUAUCCACACAGUGUAUUGGGAUGUAUAGAUUUAAUAUCUACAUAAAAAAUUAAGUAUUUUUCUAAAAAAUAAAAAAACAAAAAGCAAAACAUAGCUUAAACACUAAAGUUUGUCGAAAAAGUGAAACGUUGAGAACAAUAGUAGCACUAAAUGCUGUUGUAAACAGCUGAUUUACAAUUGUUCUACCUAUACAUAUAAAGUAAAAUUUAGCAGUAAUAAACUAAGACCGUGUGUAUUGUGUAUUGAUUAUAAAAAUACUAGAAUUACAAGUAUUUGCCAUUAAACUGCUGAUUUGCGAAUUAGUCUAGUUGUGAACACCAACAUAGUAAACACACACAGAAUUGUAGCUAUCGAACCUUAAAGGUAUACACUCUUUUUCACUCGACUGUAAAUCCCAAAUGUGACGCGAUAUUAACACCGUUGCAUGCCAAAGUUUCUCUAUUCGAUAUAAUAUUGUGAUCAAAUUGAAAGCUGACUUUCCAAACACACAAACAUCGUGACGAUAUUGGUUUCAAGAAAUAUUUUUUUUAAGUUUAUUAUUUAAUGUUCAUGAUUAGUUGCUCAACAACUCGAUCCAUAACGAUGUUGUUGUUGUUGUAGCAGCAUAGACAUUCCCCACACAUGCACGGAGAAUGCUGCUGCAGUGACAAUUCUUGGGCGGAUAUAAAGAUGCAAUUAGUGGUGCCGUACCGUAGCCGUAUCAAUCAGUUGAUCUGAUCAAACAUAUGGGAAUCACUGCGAACGAUUGUAAGUGCCGCACUAUAACGCCAUAACCAUAAUCGUAACCGUGUGUAUCUAUUGAAUUUUGGGUGCUCCCCGUAUGCGUAAGCAGCUGUGAAAUACUUUACAUUUGUUUUAAUAUUUGCGAUAAAAAUUUGAAUAUUAGAAACGAACGACGAAAAAUUACUUGACUUAGCAUAUAAUUAUUCAUAUUUGUAUGGCAAAAUGCAAAUGUUUUAAUUGAUUCUACUUGCUGCUUUAUGCUACUCUGCUGUUUAUGGUUACGGAAUGACACACCGACAAUUGCUGUAAUGGUGCGGCUAUGGCAUAACCUACGGCUAUGACGUUAUGGCUACGGUACCAUUAAUUGCAGCUUAAAUCCGGGUCGUUCAGGUAACGUAGAACCGAUUGUUGUGAAAACGUCGGCCGUGAAGACUUGAUUCAGCCCCAAUUUGGCUUCUGAUUAUUCAAUAAGGUAACGCAAAUGCCACAAAAAAGGCAUAUAAAAAGGGUUUCGCAAUUUGCGACGUUAACUGCCGAGUUUAGCAAAUGUUUCGACAAUUGAAAAAACCUUUGACACAAAUGUUUUUUAUUUUGUUUUAGGUUUUUUGUAGGGCGCUUAUUUUGUAAGCGACGAACAAAAUGACUUUUCAAGAAUAAAUAAGUAUUUUAAAAUUAAAAAGAAAAAAUUAUUCACCUUUCAAUUUGAUCAUAGUAGCAUACAAAACAUUUUACUUCUUUAGUUUGGCAAAGGCAUCGUGCACCUCCAUAUGCGAUGCUACCUUUAUGAUUAUUAUUAUAUUAUUAAUUCUUUAUGCUAUUUUCUCUAUGCAAUCAUGUACUAUAUUAAAAGAAAAAUAUGAUUAAAUAAUAUUAGAUUACAAUGCAAAUUGAAAUAAUAUUAAUAAUAAAAAAAUUCGUACGAAUUAA